AUGACAGUCAUUGGCCUCAUCCAGGACAGUGACGAGUCUGUAUACAGAAGAGAGGUCGAACAGCUGGCCCUCUGGUGCGCUCAAAACAACCUUCAGGAGGAGCCCCCAGUGUUGGCCCCUCUCAUACUACUCAACAGUACUGAGUCUGUCGUGGAAAACUUUAGGUUUCUGGGAUCCACAAUCUCCCAGGAUCUGAAGUGGGCACCAAAUAUAGACACAAUUGUCAAAAAGGCCCAACAGAGGUUGCACUUCCUGCGUCAGCUCAAGAAGUUCAACCUGCCUCAGGCUCUUCUCAUCCAGUUUUACUCUGCAGUAAUCCAGUCUGUUCUCUGCUUGCCCAUCAUAGUCUGGUUUGAUCUCUGCCUGUUGUGUCUCCUGGCUUUGGAUGGACAUCAACCAAAGCUUUUCCUCACAAUGAGACCCUCAUGGCAGACGGUCUACUAUGGAGAGACUGUGACCCUCAGCUGCCAGAUGAAUAUCGAUAUCCCUGGACUGCAGUAUCAAUGGUAUAAAGAUGGUGAGAGAUUGCAGGCACCUUAUGCUGUGGGCCACACAGUGGAGAGCCACAUCUACACCAUUAGCGCCAUCGUGUGGUCUGACCAGGGUGAAUACAAGUGCCAGGCCCACACGGGAAAGCCAUCUGUUCAGUCGUAUACCAGCAGGCCUCUCGUUUUAAAUAUAACUGAGCACCCAGAGGUUUCCUUUCUGCAAUGGCCGACAUGGACGGUCCUGUUUGCGGGAGAGAAACUUACACUCAACUGCAGAGUAAACGGAGACCCUCAGAUUAAGAAAUUCCGGUGGUUCAUGGCGACAGCAAACCAUCUGAGACGAAAUCUGUCCUGUGAAAACAUCCCAGGCUGCUCCAUCACAUUUUCAGACAAGAACCAGAGCGGCCUGUACUGGUGUGAGACGGAAUCGGGAGAGAAACGCAGCAAAGCGGUCAGCUUCACCGUCACGGACAACAUGGUGGCUCUACAGACUCCUCCACUGCCACUCACAGAAGGUGAUGACGUGACACUGGAGUGCCGCACUCGGUACCCGACAAGCCACAUGACUAAGGUGUAUCAUGAAGACCAAGAGAUGCAGCCAUCUGUAUGGUACACUCGGGUCAAGAAGGAGCAUGAAGGACGAUACAAAUGUGUUGUGUUCUCCAGACAGACCCUGGUGGCUUCAUCUGAGGAGGUCAACAUCACGGUCAGAGAUUUCUUCUCCAGUGUGAUGCUUACCGUCAUAUCAGGGCUGUCAGUAAAGAAAGGAGAGAUGGUUAAAUUGACCUGUGAGGUGAAGAAUAACAGCUUACAGAAAUUACCGGUUCACUACAGCUUUCUGAAAGAUGGUGAGGUUUUAUAUGAAGGAGAGAACAUCGCAUACACCAUAAUGAAGAUGAACAAGAGCCAUGCUGGAAACUACAUGUGUGUCGCAUCCAUAGGGCAUGACAUCCAGAAGGAGAGUGCAGUUAAAAGGAUUCACAUUGCAAAAGGUGCCAUGUUGUGUCAGGAUGUCAAUGGUGAUGAUCACCCAAUCAGGUAUCUCAGCCAGAAAGACAAGGUGCACGGCGAUUAA